CCACUUGUGUGGAAGUGGGAGCAGUAACAGAGGGGCCAUUUUGAAUCUGUGGUCAAAGGAAAUGACUGGUCUGAAGUGGCCUGGCAGCCAGUACUGCGGCCCUACUGGGACUGCCUGAGGGUCUAAGGAUAACUGGACUAUGGUGAUUCUCACAGAGGACCUUGAGAUUUCUGCAGUUUGAUCAGUGUCAAACACCACUGGAUUUUCUCUGAGACUCUUGUCCUAGAGGAUGGCCAAAGGGCUCCUGAUGACCUAUGCCCUUUGGGCUGUUGGGGGUCCUGUUGGACUCCACCACCUAUACCUGGGAAGAGACACCCAUGCUCUGCUCUGGAUGCUCACCCUGGGAGGUGGGGGGUUGGGCUGGCUCUGGGAAUUCUGGAAGCUCCCAAGCUUUGUAGCUCAAGCCAACAGAGUCCAGAGUUGGAGACAGAGGCCAGAAGAGGAGAGACCACCACUGAGUCUCCUUCGCUUUGCUUCCCAGAUGGUAGUGGGUGUCUAUUUUGGUCUCGUGGCUCUGGUCAGCCUUUCUUCCAUGGCCAACUUCUAUAUAGUGGGCCUCCCACUGGCCGUUGGCUUAGGGGUCUUGCUGGUAGCUGCUGUUGGUAACCAGACCUCAGACUUUAAAAACACCUUAGGAGCGGCCUUCCUCACUUCCCCUGUGUUCUAUGGCCGUGCCAUAGCCAUCCUGCCCAUUAGUUUGGCUGCCAGCAUUACAGCCCAGAAGCAUCGGCGGUACAAAGCUUCAGCAGGGUCAGAGACACUUAGUGUGCGGCUCUACCGUGUGGGUUUGGCUUACCUCGCCUUCACAGGCCCACUGGUGUACAGUACCAUGUGUAACACAGCUGCCACCAUUAACUAUGUCGCAGAAACCUUGGGUUCCUUCUUGACUUGGUUCAGCUUCUUCCCACUUCUUGGCCGCCUCGUGGAGUCUGUCUUGCUUCUACCUUGCCGGGUCUGGUGGCUACUGGUUGGGGAUCCCGGCUUCAACAGCAGCCAGUUCCAGGAGUGGGAAAAGCUCUAUGAGUUUGUCAACAGUUUUCAGGAUGAGAAACGUCAGCUGGCUCGCCAGGUUCUGGGAGUUCCUGAAGGAGCAACCAGUGAAGAAAUACAUCAGAGUUACCGGGACCUGGUGAAGGUCUGGCAUCCAGACCACAACCGGCACCGGACAGAGGAGGCCCAGCGGCACUUCCUGGAGAUCCAGGCUGCGUAUGAAGUCUUGAGUCAGCCCAAGAAGCCCAGAGCAUCCUGGAGGUGAAAAGCAAUCCCUCAAGGAUGGGCUCAAUCUUGUCAGCACCAUUCUCAAAACCCAGGACCCGACAGUCUUAAAGACACUGCUCGCAGUAGAGGCAAGGAAAAACUUUAAAGGGACGAGAAAGCAUGCGGUAGAAAAUACAUUCAUGUGUUGAAUCUCUAA